AAAUAUUCGAACUCCCUAUAAUCACUAUUAUCGUCUGGUAAAGCAGUAUAAGUAGACCGAGGUAAAUAAUAAUAAUAAUGCCUAUGGAUAGCAGUUCAUCCACCAGAAAGGAUGGUGAGAUUAUUGUUACUGAAACCGAUAAUAGUGAAAGAUCUAAAUAUUUUCAUCCUGUGAAAAAGUUUGGAGAUAGUGAUGCAUCGAUUGUUGAAAAUAGUAAUGAUAUAAGUAUUAGUAAAGAUGAAUAUAAUAAUAAUACUAUUUGGAGAACUAUUGCUCGAGCAUCAGCUAAAUUAGACUCUCUUGGAGUUGAAACCAGAGGUAUUGAACGUAUAGAACCAUAUGAAAGAUCAACUAAUAAAAUGAAACAAUUAAUUUCAGUUAUUGGACUUUGGUUAUCAGCUUGUGGUGGGUUAAGUUCCAUGUCUUCAUUCUUCUUAGGUCCUUUAUUAUUUGACUUAGGUUUAAGAAAUACUUUAAUAUCUGGUUUAAUAGGUCAAGCUGUUGGUUGUGCAAUUGCUGCUUAUUGUUCAUUAAUGGGUCCUAGAUCUGGUUGUAGACAAAUGGUAGGUGCUAGAUUUUUAUUUGGUUGGUGGUUUGUGAAGUUAGUAAGUUUAGUUAGUAUUAUUGGUGUUAUGGGUUGGUCUGUUGUUAAUAGUGUGGUUGGAGGUCAAAUCUUGGCAAGUAUUAGUAAUGGUAAAAUUCCAUUAAUUGUUGGUAUUAUUAUCAUUGCUGUUAUUUCUUUGGCAGUGGCUAUUGGAGGUAUUAAACAAUUAUUGAAAGUUGAAACAUUAUUAAGUUUACCAGUAAAUUUUGCUUUCUUAUUAUUAUACAUUGUUGCAUCUAAGAAAUUUGAUUAUUUAACUUUGGAAGAUGCAAUCACUGAUGUUGCAGUAAUUAGAGGUAAUUGGUUGACUUAUUUCUCAUUAUGUUAUUCAAUCACAUCAACUUGGGGAUCUAUUGCUUCUGAUUAUUAUAUAUUAUUCCCAGAAGAUUCUCCUGAUUUACAAAUUUUCUGUAUCACUUUCUUUGGUAUCUUAAUUCCAACAACUUUUGUAGGAGUUGCUGGUUUAUUAAUUGGUAAUGUUGCCUUAACUUAUGAGCCUUGGGGUAAUGCAUAUGCCGCUUAUGGUAUGGGAGGAUUAUUAAAUGAAGCUUUCAAACCAUGGGGUGGUGGUGGGAAGUUCUUAUUAAUUAUGAUUUUCCUUUCUUUAAUUUCCAACAAUAUUUUAAAUACUUAUUCCGCAGCUUUUGGAAUCCAACUUUCUGGUAGAGUAAUGGCUAAAAUUCCUAGAUGGAUUUGGGCAUUUAUUGUUACAGCAAUUUAUCUUGUUUGUGCAUUAGUGGGUAGAAAUAAGUUUGCAACAAUUUUAUCUAAUUUCUUACCUAUGGUAGGUUAUUGGAUUUCAAUGUAUUUUAUUAUAUUAUUGGAAGAAAAUACUAUUUUCAGAACUGAUAAAUUUAAGUACCUUUAUACUAAAGAAUUCCCUCAUGAUGAAGAUGAAACUACUUCUGAAAGAGAUUAUAUUGUCACAAGACAAUCUAAAGUCAACAAGCAUUAUAAUUUCAAGAUAUGGAAUGAUUAUGACAAAUUAACUCAUGGAUUAGCUGCUUCAGCUUCAUUUGUUAUUGGAGCAACUGGUGCUGCUGUAGGGAUGUCUCAAACAUAUUGGACAGGACCUAUUGCUAAAGAAGUAGGAGGAGAUGUUGCUAUGUGGUUAUGUAUGGGAUUUAGUGGAUUAGUGUUCCCUGUUUUAAGAUACUUUGAAUUAAAGAAAUAUGGUCGUUAGAGUUAUAUAGAGACUGACUUUAAUUUACAUUUACUAUUAAUUGAAAAAGAAAAAAAAUAAAAAACGUA